GGAGCAUCUCCUAUUUAAUGGCUCCUUCAUCAUUAGCUUUAGUGUCCUGUUUUUUCCUCUUUAAUUCUCUCUCUCUCUCACUCACUUUAUUUACAGAAGCUUUUAAGAUGCAAAUCUUCAUUAAGACCCUCAAUGGAAAGACCAUAACUCUCGAGGUUGAGAAUUUUGACAUCAUUGAUAAUGUUAAAGCAAAGAUUCAAGAUAAGGAAGGAAUUCCACGAGAUCAGCAAAGGCUGAUAUUUGCUGGAAAACAACUCGAGGAUGAUCGAUCACUUGUCGAUUACAAUAUUCAAAAGGAGUCCACCCUCCAUCUUGUCUUACGUCUUCGUGGAGGUUAUAGGGAAGAUGAAGUUUAUCCAAUUAUUAUUAGAACAUAUAAAGCGGAAAAGUACAUCUUAGAAGUCAGGACUGGCUUUACAAUCGAAAACAUUAUAAAGGAGGUUCAAGAAAAAGGAGAUUGUAAGGAUAGGCUACAUAUGCUCUUAGAUGGUCGACAUCUAGUAAAUGACAAGUGUCUUUCUGAGUAUCACAUUCGAAAAAAUUGGACACUCCAUCUUAUACGGCGAUAGAAUGAUGGAUUUCAAAUCCUUGUCAAGAAUCAGAAUGUGAAACAGUGACAGGAUUUUUGCUCGAGUUUUUUUGUGCAUGUUAUUGUCAAUGUGAUUCAUUUUGUAAAAUAAAUUAGACCUUUUAUUUUAUCUAACACUAGGUCCCGCACUUCAUGAAAACUUUUUAAGUUAUUGGGUUAGAGCUGCUCAAUUCUUUCACAUUUUCUAGCAUUUCCCUUUUUAAAUGUUGACUCCCUUUAAUUGAAUAAUGUGUUUUCCAAUCGACUCUACAUCCAUUUCAUAAGUUAUAGGCUUUAUGGAGUUUAGUUUUCCUUCUCUUCACUUAAUAAUGAUUUUCU